AUGCUCUUCGCCAUGGUCGGUUACGCACUCUUUGCUCAACCACGUCACUGGUCCAACGAAGAGUACUGGAGAUACAUCUUCCCGGGCAUGGUCGUUGGUUCGGCCGGAGACAUGGCAGUCAUGACGGGCGCCAACGUUGGCGUCAUGAUGAGCGUGCCGCCUGAAAUGUCCGGCGUCGCCGGCGCCAUGCUUCAAGUGGGCUUUCAGGUCGGCGUCGCUAUCGGUUUGUCCAUCCAAGCGGGUCUCCUCACCGUCCAACCGGGCGGACUCUCCAACACGGCCAACAUCCACGCCGCGUUCUACUUUCAGAUGGGCUGGGUUAUCCUCUGGCUCCUCAUGUUCCUCACGUUCUUCCGUAUGCCCAAGCAAAGCGUCAGCUCAGAGGAGGACGGUGCUGAGCAGGGCCCACCGACCGUAGUCGCCGAGAUACCCAAGUAG